AAUCGAGUGGCAAAACGGAUUCCGGACGUGUGUGUGUGCGGUGAAAAAUAUAAUUUGUGAAAAAUAUAAGAAAAUUGCAUAAACCCGAGGAAAAAAAUCAACAAAAAUCAUGGCAGCAAGAUUAAUUCAAAAGAUUUUAAAAAGUAUUGGAAUUAAUGGCGGCCGGGAAUCGGUAGAAGUGGCCAAUCAUGCCAAGAUUAACACAACUCCCGUUUCUGGACGUGCCUACUCAUCGGGUUCACGCAAGGUCACCCUUAUUCCUGGUGAUGGUAUUGGUCCUGAAAUUUCCGCCGCUGUGCAGAAAAUCUUUACCGCUGCCGGUGUUCCCAUUGAUUGGGAAACUGUUGAUGUAACACCCGUUAGAGGUCCAGAUGGUAAGUUCGGUAUUCCUCAAGCUGCCAUUGAUUCGGUCAACACAAACAAAAUCGGUUUGAAGGGCCCCUUGAUGACCCCCGUCGGUAAGGGUCAUCGCUCUUUGAAUUUGGCUCUCCGCAAGGAAUUCAACUUGUAUGCCAACGUAAGACCCUGCAGAAGUUUGGAGGGCUACAAGACAUUGUACGAUGACGUUGAUGUGGUAACCAUUCGUGAAAACACUGAAGGUGAAUAUUCCGGCAUUGAACACGAAAUUGUCGAUGGUGUUGUGCAAAGUAUCAAAUUGAUUACUGAAGAAGCCUCCAAGCGUGUUGCUGAAUAUGCCUUUACCUAUGCCAAAAACAACAACAGAAAGAAGGUGACUGUUGUGCACAAGGCCAACAUUAUGCGCAUGUCUGAUGGUUUGUUCUUGCGUUGUGUACGUGAAAUGGCCGAACAUUUCCCCGAAAUUAAAUUCGAGGAACGUUAUUUGGAUACCGUAUGCUUGAAUAUGGUACAAGAUCCCAAGAAAUAUGAUGUUUUGGUCAUGCCUAACUUGUAUGGUGAUAUUUUGUCUGAUAUGUGCGCCGGUUUGGUUGGUGGUUUGGGUUUGACACCCUCCGGUAACAUGGGUCUUAAUGGUGCCCUCUUUGAAUCUGUGCACGGUACUGCCCCCGAUAUUGCUGGCAAAGAUUUGGCCAACCCCACUGCCUUAUUGUUGUCUGCCGUUAUGAUGUUGAGACACAUGGAACUCAACUCUCAUGCUGAUAAAAUUGAAAAAGCCUGUUUCGAAGUCAUUAAAGAAGGCAAAUAUUUGACCGGCGAUUUGGGCGGCAAAGCCAAGUGUUCCGAGUUCACAAAUGAAAUUUGUUCUAAACUGUAAAUUUGUUAAUUUACUGCCGUUUAACUCCACCAAAACCACUCACAAAACCAAAAGAUUGUAUACACCCCAAUCCACACUUAACUACAACGCUUUAAAAAUGUGGUGUGUGUGUGCUUGUUAUAUACACAUUUAAACUCUAUAAGGAAAAAAGUAAAAAAAAAAAACAAAAAAUCAUAACGGAUAGUAUUGUACGUUCGAAUACUUAAUUAAUUGAAACGUUUUUUUUAAAAAGAAUUCAAAAAUUCAUCUAUACCUACAUUUCAAAUGUUUGUAUUUUCAAAAAUUUAAUUAAUUAAUCUAACAUUAUCCCUCCUUUGCCGUAUUAUUUUAUUUGUAAUUAUUAUUAUUUUAAAAAUACAUAGUUUUAUUUUCAAAAGUUGUAACAAAAACAGCCAACUUCGUUUUUUGAAAACAAUUAUUUACUAUUUUUAACUAUUUAUUUGUAAAUUGUUCCUUAUUUUGAUUUAAUUUUUUUCUCUACUGUUUUUUAUUUUUUCCUCUCGCCAUUUAUCUCAAAGAUUGUUUUUUUUUAUUUAAAUGAAUAAAAGAAAAAUGUUAAGGAAAGAUGAUUCUGUAAGUCAAAUCUAACGUAACAAUAAUUAUCGCGCAUAUUUAAUUAGAUACAAAUAAUAAACCAUAAUAAAGUUGUCAUAUUACUAAACAAAUUGUUGAGAAAAAAAUAUAUACAUAUAAAAUAAACAUUAAACAACCAAACAGAA